UCCAGAAACAGGAAGCAUGUGAGCUGUAUCUUCACAAACAGCAGCUGGGUGGUUUUCAGUCCGUCAAGAUGUGCACCGGAAAAUGUUCCCUCUGCAUCUCUGUUAGUCUGUACCCCAUCGUACUUUUGUCCAUUAUCUGCAACAUUUUACUGUUCUUCCCCGACUGGGAUGUCAAAUAUGUCAGAGAAGGACACAUCACCGAGCAGGUUAAAUACAUGGGGGGAUUCAUCGGAGGGGGUGUCCUGGGGUUGAUCCCAGCACUUUACAUCCACUUGACUGGAGAAGAUGGGUGCUGUGCAAAUCGCUUUGGGAUGUUCUUCUCGGUGGUGUUUGCGGCUGUGGGCGCGGCGGGCGCGGCGUACAGUUUCAUCGUGGCUCUGCUUGGAUUUUCUGAAGGGCCUUUAUGCAGAAUCGAUGAUAAGAAGUGGGACACACCUUUCAAAAACGGCAACUUGACCUACGUGAGUAACCACCAGAUGUGGGCCACCUGCUUAGAGCCCAGGAAUGUGGUGCAGUUCAACAUGAGCUUGUUCCUCGUGCUGAUGGGGGCCAGCUGCCUGCAGGCCCUGCUGUGUGCCAGCCAGGUUAUCAACGGCCUCGCCGGGUGCAUCUGCGGAACCUGCAACAGAAAAGAGGGGCCAUAAGUUUGCAGGCAGGAAGUAUUUGAGCAUUUACAUCUGAAAAAGAAGACCCCCUCCUGGAAGGCUGAGAGAGACGCUCCUGCAUACAUCUGCAUAACAUGCUUAUUCUCAUCUGCUUUCAUGUUUAUUUCCUGUUGCUUGACAUUGGUACUCUGUAAAAAAUCAAUAAUCCAAGUGUGUAUUUUAGAUGAUUUAAACUUGCUGAUAAUGUGUCCAGAAUCAGCAUUAAAGUGUGGUGGGAUUUGUUAUUGGUGCCUGGUGUCGCUUACCUGUCUGAGCCCUCUGCCCCCCCCCCCCCCCAAAAAAAUGAAAAUAAUAGAGUUAUACAAUUUUAAAAUCUAAAAUUGAAUACAAUGAAAAUAGAAGUAAAUAAAAUUACCCAAUAUGUUCAGAUAUACAAAAAGAAUA